AUGCACUUUGGUAAAACAACCUCAGCGAGCGAAGGCGAGUUUCGGAUGGUUGUGAUGGUGGAUUCCACUCUUCAUUUAGUAAGCGUCAUCAAUGGAGAUCAUCCAUCUACGAAGCCGCAAGGAAACUUACUUGCCUUGGCGAACAAGUCAAGAUAUCUCAAGUCUUCCACUGCCAAGGCUAAGAAUUCUUGUCGUAACCUCAAGUUCUUGAGGUUCAUAGAUAUAUACAACGGUGAACAAGAAAACGAAUUUGACUGGUAUGAAAUCUAUGAUUUCGACUCUGGUUCAUGGAAGACUCUUGAUGUCACUCCAAACUGGCUUUCAUUGUUUGGUUCGCGCGGUGUUUCUUUCAAGGGAAACACUUAUUGGCUUGCUUCAGAAAGGAACUCAGAAGACUACGAUGAUCACAUAAUCUGUUUUGACUUUACAAGAGAGAUGUUUGGGCCGCUUCUACGUCUUCCUUUUGACGCUGGGAAUCGUGACUAUGUCAAUUUAUCUUGUGUUAGAGAAGAGAAGCUUGCUGUUUCAGUUAGGCAUAGACAAACACGGGAGACAGACAUAUGGAUCACGACUAAGAUCGAGGCCGAAGAGGUGUUGUGGAGCAAGUUCUUGACAGUGGAUACGGAAAACCAUCUGUUAACAUCAGAGAGAUUCUUCAUUGAAGAGGAGACGAAACUCGUCAUGGGUUUGGAAUUAAACGGCCGUAGAGAAACUUUUAAAAUCAUUGGAGUCGAGGCUGGAUACUUUACAGAAUUCGAUUUCGGAAAUGGUGUCCACAGAGACUAUAGGGCACAUGCGUGCUCUUAUGUUCCAAGUUUAAUGCAGAUCAAGCAACCUCCUGCAGGACGCAAAUGGAAACAUCAAAGCGACUCAGAAAAGCUUCGAUACGAUCAAAACAAGUCGAGACUUGUCUCACUUGAAAAGCGAGCGGAGGAAGAAAUGAGAAACCCAGUUGAUUUCUUGAGUCAUUGCUUACGUCUAUAG